AUGGCGUCGUGUGCUACAUCUUCGUCUGGGACAACAGGUUCGAAAAAGCGCCUUCCAGAAGAGCUGACAGAAUUGCUAGAUGUGGCAAUUUAUACCUUUGCCUAUCAGGCAGGAUUGAGAGCGGGGCAUAAGGUUAGAGGAAACCCGGUGUUAGAAGGCGUGAGCGCAUUCUUUGGCCAGCUGAUCGAAACCGCAAACGAGGAUACGAAGAAGCAGCUGAAGGACAUCUCCCCUGGAAGAUUGGGAGGAUGGCAACCGGGCGAGGCGCCAUCGCCUCAACUCUUAACGUUGGUGUCCUCGCGGAUAAAGCUAAUGAAAUCGAAACAAUUAAUAAGGGAAGACGAUAACCCGGUGGUACCGUCCCUGUUGGUGGAUAGGCUAGAGUGGUUUGAGGAGGAGGAGGAAAGGGCAAGCUACACCAUUAGAUCCCAUGGUUCUGUUGUUGAUUUAGAGUCUGUUUUGAGAAAUUCUGGCAGCACAACUCCAGCAUUUCCUGGGCAAAUCCCCUGCCUAUUGCAAUGGCAGGUCAUUCAUCCCAAAUGCAACAAACGGUUCCUGUCUAGAGAGGAAUUGGUGGAGCAAGUCGCUCAGGAACAAGCGAGAAGAAAACAUGCAGAGGAGAGGGAGAGAUAUUGGCGCAGCAAAUAUGACAGCAAAGCCUUGGUGGUUGAUGAAGAGGAUAAUGCAGACCUCGAUUCAAUGUUCUGGGCCACAAAAAAAGAAAAUAUUCCCAAAGAAAUGGAAUUCCUCUGGGAACAACAGAAAAAAAAUAUUCAGACUGCUGGCAAGAAUGGUCACAGGUGGCAUCCUAAGAUUAUCCGCUUAUAUAUAGAUUUAUAUACCAAGAACCCACAUGUUCUUGACCCAUUAAGGCAGUUCAUCAAGUUGCCAAGUAACAAGACAAUCAGGAUGUAUAAAAACAGAGUCCAACAACAAGAUGGGUGGAAUGCUGAGAUAUUGGAAUGGUGCUUGAUGGAGGCAAAAGCAAGAAACCUCAAAGAGGAAGACUACUGGGGAGGAUUUGUAAUCGAUGAGAUGAAAAUUCAGGAAAAUCUUGAAAUGGUAAUGAGAAACGGAAAACACAAACUUGUUGGGUUUGUGGAAUUGGGAGAAGCUCAUGAUCACAUGGAGAAAAUACUAGGUAAUGCCAAGCCCUCACUCGCCACACAUGUGAUGCAGUUCAUUUUCCUGAGUGAUUGUGGAUUUCGAUUCCCAAUUGCUCAAUUUCCCUCAGGGCACUGCUCCCCGACAGACCUCUAUUUACAGUUUUGGAAGGGAGUACAGAAGAUGACAGAAACAGGAUUCAGUAUAUACUGGUGUAUCCUUGAUGGUGCUGAUUGCAAUCGCCAGUUUAUCAAACUGCAUUUUGAGGAAGACCCUGCAGCCAGCAACUUUGCCACAAGAAAUCUACACACAGGAGAUCCUAUGGUGUUUAUCAUGGAUUGCAAGCAUAAUUUCAAGAAAAUUCGCAACAACAUCGAGAAAAGCAACCAAUCAAAGAAACCAAGGUGCUUGAAGAUUGGAGGCAAAAGUAUAGUCUGGAGGCAGUGGAAAGAUGCUUUCCAUUGGGAUCAGUCCCGUUUUUCCCUUCCACUGCACGAAAGGCUUACACUCAGCCACAUUGAGUUGGAUCCUGCUUCAAGGAUGAGAAAUCACUUGGCAGAAGAUGUUCUUGACAAAAAAAUGCUUUUCAUGAUGCAGGUUAGCAUUACAAAGAUAAACGAUGGUUUCCUACAAGUAAACUAUUUACUGAGUUAUCGAGAUCACAUUAUAGCCUCCAUAGAAGGCCAAGAGCUCGACAAUGGAACCCCCAUUGACUCUGCACUUCGGCUCCUGCAGCACACUGCAGAAAUAGUUGACUUGUUCAACUCGAAAUGUCCACUAAGAAACAUCAGGGACAUCAGGCUGAAAAAGUUGAACAGUUUUUAUUCUUUUAUGUUGGAUUGGAGAGAGAAGAGCUCAGAUGACAAUUCAUCCUUUAUCUCUAGUAAAUUGUGGUUCGAUAUACAAUCAAUGUGCCUUGGCUUCCAUGCCCUGGUAAAAGUAAAACUCCAGUAUUUCCCACAUUCAUGCAUUAGGCCAGCCAUUGUCAAUCAGGAUUGUGUAGAAAACCACUUUUGUCAAGUAAGAUCUUGCAAUGGUCAUAACAAUAAUCCAAAAUACAAUCAGCAACAAUCAACACAGAAUUCAAUUCGAUUUGGACAAACAGUUAUCAGCAGAAAAAGCAAUGUUGGAGUACACUCAAUAACUGACUCUGCUUGUUGCUUGUACAUACCCCAAAAAUCUUCGUAA